GCUUCUGUCUCGGCUCAUCGACGUCCCCUUACCAGGGUCUUGCAUCGCCAGUGUGUUGGGUGUCAGCCAGAGCACAAUUUUCAGGCGCAUGCGUGAACUUGGCUUGUCCACGCAGUCCACAUACAGCACCCUAACUGACAGUGAAUUGGAUAAUGCAGUCCAGUCCAUCAAAUGCCGGAUCCCAAAUGCAGGAUAUCGCAUGGUAAAAGGCUGUCUGCAAGCCGAUGGACAUCGGGUUCAGUGGGAUCGUAUUAAAGAGUCCACGCACAGAGUUGAUGCUCCAGGAGUUUUGGAGAGAAUGACAUGGCUGGGCUGCAUAGUGAGGAGGAAAUAUUUUGUGCAAGGGCCUUUGUCGUUAGUCCAUAUAGACACCAAUCAUAAGCUCAUACGGUACAACAUCGUCAUAUUUGGCGCUAUAGAUGGGUACUCGAGAAAGGGUCAGGGGCGAUGAAGGCGUUGAAAAUGUCUCAAUUGCUGAAACCAUGUUCACUGUGAAAGGCACUGGAAGAGGGAGCUUCAUAGCUGGGCGCAGUGUGCAUAAUCAAAGGAUAGAACGCCUCUGGCGAGAUGUCUGGACCAGCGUGACACACCUUUACUAUGAAGUUCUUCACAGUCUCGAGGAAGAUGGCCUGUUGCAUUUGGCAGAUGUUGUUCAUCUGUUUUGUGCCCACUAUGUCUUCCUUCCACGCCUGGCAGAGGCCCUUCACACCUUCACAGAAGGCUGGGACAACCAUCCUUUACGGUCUGAAGGUGGACUCUCCCCAAACCAGCUCUGGGUUUUGGGCCACACGAAGAAACCUUGUGACCCGAAUGAAGAUUUGCAGAACAUGGAGCUAUAUGGAACUGACUGGGAGAUGUUUGAUGCUGUGCAUGAGGAACCAUAUGGAGUUCAAGUCCAGGAAAUUGAGUGCCCUCUGACUCCUGAUAUUAUGGAAACUGUACAGUCCAUGAUAAAUCUCUUGGCCUCAUCAGAAUCAUUUGGUAGAGACAUUUACAUAACAAUGGUUCAGUGUAUUGAAAGUCUAAUGGCAACACAAGAAAUGCCUGACAUGUAA